AUGAGAGCUUCACUGUUGAAGCUUGAUCUGGCUUUCUUUCUACCGUUGAUUUCGUUUGUGGCUGCUAUGGUGCGAAUUGGUUCGUCCAUUUGGUCCUCUUCUUCAUCAGAUAACCUUCUUUUUAUUUGUUCCCCUGGUUUGAGCAUGAGGAAAAAGGUGAUUUUGCAACCUCACCAAAGCAUUUCAGAACAACACAGAAUGUUGACUGACUUUGAAGGUGCUACAAGAAAAAACGAAGUAGGGUUCUGCAUUUGGACUAGCAAAGAGUUCCACCAGUACCAGGUUGUUGGGAGGAAGCUCCCUACGGCAUCUAAUGAGCACCCCGAGAUUUACUGA